GAUUUUCUAAGCUGGACCAACGCAGGACGAGUACACGGAGGCAGGCGUGUCCGCGUGAUGCCCCCGAUCCGCCGGCAUGCACCUUAAUUACAUGUCGAUAGUACUCACUUGACUUGGUGCUGACGGUGCGGUUGGUCUGCCCGGCCUCUAGCUGCCAUUGUGUGCAGCGGCUGCCCUCCCUGGCGCCGUAGUGUGCAGUCCAGCCGCUACAGAGAGCCUGCGGUGUUAGUUCUGUUCAAGUAGCCAGCCAUGAAGGAGGCGGCAGCCAGCAAGAGUGCCUCGAGCAAGGCGUCGGCAUCGACAGACAAUCGCAAUGGUACGAACAUGGGCAUCAGCACUCAGGGAAUGCUCAUCAGUAUCCUCUGUGACGCUGUGUGUGAAUGCAGUGCGGAAGUGGAGAGUUCCCAAUGCGGCAGCCGCAGCCAAGCGGCCAUCUCCAUCCGCUGGUAGAGAGCACCCUGACGCCGAAGACCCAUCGGCGCCCGAUCCAUCCCCACCUAAUGAGCCGCUUGACGCGUCGACCACUAUGGACGACCAAGAAGCCGAUGGGCAGCGGCAGGCUGGCGCGGCGGCCGAGUCUGCCAGCUCAGCGUCGGCGCUGCUGGACCCGCUGGCAUCGUUGAGCGAGGCUGAGCUGAUGGCGAUAGUAGAGGAGGCCGAGAGCAUGACCAUUGAUGGGACCUAUGAGCGGCAGCCUUACACACACAGCAGUAGGAGGCUGGAUGAUGGGGGCGGUGAUGGUGUGAGGGUGCGCAGCCAGUCGCUGCCGCAGCGUGUGCAGCAGCAGAUACAGGACAUUCCCGAGGAGAUAUUGCUGUCUGCGAUAUGCGCCGUCUCGGCCAGGAGGUGUGCACCGCACCUGGCUGACUCGACACACACAGCACAGCGGAAGGGGCAGACAAGGAGGGAGGUGCUGUGCUUGCUCUGUUUCGGCGGGUGCAGGGAGCGGUACCGCACCAGUGGCGGUGGUGGAGGGCUGGAGCUGAUAGUGGAGGAAGACGAAUGCAUCUCGCCCAGUAAGCCUUGUGGAGUGGAUCACCUCGCUGCCUCCACACCACAUCCAUCUGUGCGUGUCGACGCCUUUCUGUCUGUUCAGAUGGCAACAGUCCUGGCGAAGGCGAUGGUGUUGGAGAGGAUGACAUGUCCGAGGAGGAUGACGGUGACGUGGAGCUGACUGUGGAGGUGGAGGACGGUGAGGACAUCGAGGAGGCCCAUUGCCACGACGCAGCUGACGAGAUGAUGGACGAGGAGGAGGAUGGGGAGGCGCUCGAGGACCCCAAUGACUUCUCCCUGCGGUCCAAGCUGUGGGUGGAGUCGAUAUCGAGGCUGCGCCGGUCGAUUGACGAGAUAUACGCACUGUGUGAGUUCGAGUCGGAUGAGGAGUGCGUUGCGCACCUCGUGCAGCUCCUGGGUACCGCCAUACACGACUUCCAGGCACUGCAGGACAGAGUCCGACUACAGGUGCGGGGCGGUCGGUGCGUCACAAACACAGACAGACAGACACGUGCACACGUUGAUACGCACUAAACUUCUCUUCGUCCUUCCUGCUCCCUGCUUUGUGAGUGCCGUUUAGGAGUCGCUGCAGCCGGGGGUCGCCUCUUCACCACCAUCGACCUCCACGCGCCAGCGCACCGUCGUCAGCCCCACUGGCGCCUCGCAAUUUGCCAUCCCCCCGCGCAUGCGUCAGCUGCUGCCGACAGGCCCCAAUGGCGACGCGCCAAAUGACCCACCCUCAGCGGCCCUGCCACCACCAACAGCCAUCGGCGUGGAGCACCCAAACGGCGGUGUGUCUUUGGCCUGGACGAGCCGCCCCAUGCCGGCGACACGUGAGGUGCCCAAUCCAGUGGAGCUAGGACCUGCGCUGCACCGGCUGCAGAGCUGCCCCCUCCCUGAUAGCCCGAGUGCCCCCGGAUCGGUGUCGCCUCCCCGCCACCCGUCCGGGGCGCCCACCCCACCACGGGCGAGGCAGUCCGGAGGCAAGACCAAUGCACACACUGCAGGGGAAGCCGCAGGUGUCGAUGACGGCAGUGGGGGAGGAAAGCCCGCACACGCAGCCGACGACGGUGUGGCCGACGUCGGAUUGCCGCCGCCCCCCUCCCUCCCUCUCCGGCCGCAAUCGACGGACGACACGACUGUUCCGGGCGGUGGGGACGGUAAUUUGUUCUCGCCGCGGCCGUCUAUCGGGUCGUCGAGCAUAGGGUCUGGCGGCGCCACGAGGGACCGGCUGCGGCGUGUGGUGGCGACGGUCCUCAACGCCCACCGGAAGCUCACGUGCCGUCUCGCAUCACCGGAGCACUCACAGGUACCCGCCAACGAGGGAGGGGAGGGGGAUUCACUCACGCACAUGUUGAUCAUGUAUGUGAUGUGGUUCAGCGUCCGACUGCACCCGAGCUGAAGCGCCGAUACGAGGAGCGACAGGUGGGCCGAGUGACUAACCAACACACACACACACACACACAGAGAGAGAGAGAGAGAGAGACACUCAUUCAUUCAUGUGUUCUGUGGCCAUCAGAGGAAAGCUGAGGACCUCAAAGCCUUCGAGGACACACGGCGGGUCGAACCCAGCCGCAAAGUCGCAGAACGAGUCGAGUGAGUGAGCCACGCAGACACUCACCAGCCACACUCACUCUGCCUUACCAUUUGUGUCCACAGGCGAGUGCGUCAGCGUCGCGAGAAGGAGCAGGAGGAGAAGAAGCGAAUUCUCAUGCAGAAAAUGUCACGGUCAGCCGAUGACAAAUAAGUACCUCCCUACCUUUGUUGCAUUAUGGUGUGUGUGGUGUCAUUCAUUCACUGCCUUUUUCAGUGCUCGUCGUCAGUAUCAUUCGGCCAUCAAGAAGAUCAGCAACAGGGCACGGGAGCAGACCGUCAAGCUGGAGGAAAUCAACUUCAUCAGAAACGAACUGCAGAAAAACGCCGAAGGUAUUUACAGUACACACCGGCAACGAGAGAAGCAUGCUAUGGUACAGCCAGCCCUCUUCUCGACUGUCCAUAUCUAUGUCUCUCCGCAGCUUUCCUGGAGCAGCGUCUGAAGAUUGCAUCGCACUCGCGCGCCGCACAGCAGAAGCAGAUGCAGAAGAAACUCGUGCAGCGGGCCGAACGCAUCAGCCGGCGAGCAGUGGGGGGAAUAUACGACAUGGCCGUUCGCCGUCGGUCAGUCAGUCAUGAAUGAUGCGUGCGUGUGUCGUUCCUUGUGGUUGCAGAACUCUAGAGCAGCGGCGCACGAAUGAGCUCGAGGCACAGGAGGCCAAGCGGGCGAUGCUUGAGGCCAAGGAGAAGCAGGUGAAUGAAUGAAUGACUGAUUCACUCACUCACUCACUCACUCAUUGACUCACUCAUUCAGUCACCCGUUUGAUUGAUGGAUUGAUUGAUUGAUUGGCUGAUUGGCUGAUCGAUUGAUCGAUUGAUUGUUUUCUCCGCUCGGUCUGUUUGUCAGGCUGCUGCGAGGCGUCAGGAGCACCUGGAUUCGAUAGUGCGCAAGUCCCACGAGGAUGACCGGCGUGUGUCGAUGGCCCUCCGACGCAAGCGAGACCUCACCAUCAACCCCAACCUCACACGGGUCAACAGACAAACCCUCACAGCACACACACACACAUACACACGUGCACUCCGUGUCCCAUCAUCAAUCAGACAACGCCGGCAGCCCAGCCAGGAGAUGCUGCGGACGAUGUUGGUGACGAGGGUGCAGCUGACUCGGACGCCCUGCCCUCUCCCCCUACUGCUGGUGGCUCAUCCAGGCCUGUCUCAUCACAGCAGCAGCAGUCGAGACACACAUCCAGAGCGACACAUGGUGCCGCCUCGAGCAGGACUUCCCACGGUCCUGCUGCGAGGCAUCCCCACCCCCCGUCUCUGGGCGAUAGUGCAUCUCGGUCGCACUCUCAACGACAGCUGGUGACCCCUUUGCCAUUCCCACCGUCAUCGUCGGGUCGCCAUGGCCGCGCCAACAGCACCACGCAGACGGGCGAGGGAGGCUACAGGCGACACCAUCCCCAUCCCAACCAUCAUCCGUCCCCGCCCAUGGUGCUGCCGCCGCAUCAGCCAAUCCAUCUGCCGGGCGGGCAGACAUCCAGACUCAACCCGUACGCAGCGCCAUACAUCCCUCAGUACUGUCACCCAGACGCUGGGCCCUCCGGCUAUGGCGCCGCCAUCCCACUUAUGGGCGCGCCAGGACCAUCGCGUUCCUACCCAAGAGGGCCGGCGACAGUGCCGCUCGUCACGGCUCCUCCCCCCCGGCCGCCCCAGAUGCCCGACACCGUGCAGCAAACGACAUCUGCAUCCCUGCCGUCCUUCGCUGUUAGACACAACGCCGCGACGAUGACGGCCAACUACUCGUCCAGCCCAGCUCUGCAGCACCGACACACCAUAGGUGAGGAGGCCCCUCCGCCUUACCACCCUGUCAGACCGCCACCCCGGAAGCAGCCAGCGCACCAGGACCGCCGGCUACCCACGGUGCCUGAGCGGCUGUCCCAUGCGGAGCCGUCGCCCCCGAAAGUCAGUGCUGGCGGUGAGCUACCCUCACAGCGACAAUCCGAGCCACAGCAAGCACCCUCGCCAAAGCAUCAUGAGGAGCAAACCGGCGGCACACCGUCAUCCGAACGCGUGGCGGUGGCAUCACAGGCGGCGGCGGCAAAACAACCUGAGGACGAGACAAGGGCUGGCGAAUCGCAACAGACGAGCGAGCGGCGACCGGCCAGUGCUGCUUCCCAACCACCAGACCAAGAGAUCAAGGAGACUGAUAGAAGCGAACCAUCAGAAGGGAGAGAGAGAGGGGGGGGCGAUGCACACCAGACCGCUGAGCAGCUGGCCCCGCAGACGACAGACGAGGCCUCGGCCUCCGCACCCGCCCCUGCGCCAGCAAUGCCGCAGAUCGAUACAAGUGUCGAUGGCGGCGAUGGUGGAGCAGGUGGUGACCCAGGCGAAGGCAAGCGCGACUCUCCGCGGUGGAUCUACGUCCCCCCUCGCUCAGGCGGCCGGAGCAAGGGGCGCCACUGGCCGUGGCAGGCGGCAGCGGCUGCCCGGGACGGCAGGACAGAGGAGGGGCCGACGGAGGGCAAGAGGACUCCAGAGGAGAACAAGAACGGCAACGGGGUCACGGCACCAGCGGCAGCACGAGUGGCAACCAAGAACACCGCGGCGGGUCGUCGGUCUGUCUUCUCGGCGGAGGUGGCAGACGUCAUUGCGCCGCCUCAGAAGGCAGGCAAGCACUCGAAGGCGAGGGACAAGGCCAAGACAAAAGCAGCCAAGAGCAAGGGAUCGACCAAUGUGGCAUUAGGUGCCGCCGACAAGAAGGAUGGAGACGAGCAAGAAGAGCUUGUCAAGCCAUCCGAGGCUGCGGGCAACGGGCAAUCCGCAGGCAGCGCCACGCAGCCGAUGUCCGCUGCGCCGCUCCCCUGCAAUGACGCACCGAGCGUCGCCCCAUUGCCCUCCGAAGCUGCUGAUGGCUCGACGGUAACUCGACGCUGGACUGCCGACGACACCGUCAACGUUGACGGCGAUGCACAAGCCGCUCCAUCAUCCGAAGGGGCGGCAGCGCAGCAGCCACAUCAGCCUGAGGGCCCCCCUCCAGCGGUUGCCACUUCUGCUAGUGCCAAGCCCAAGGGCGCUCCUGUGGGCCACAAGAACAAGCGCAAGGAGAAGCUCAAGCGGCAGAAGGCCGCACAGGCCGCCAAGAAGCAGCAAGAGAGCCAGGCGGCCACAGCUGCGGCCGGGGGCGAGCUGGAGGGGGCGCCUCCAGCCUCCAGCGCGGCCAGUGGAGCGAGACAAGAGGACGAGAAGAAGGCUGACGGCAGUCCUGUAGGCUCUUCCAAGUCGGCAGCGUCGGCAGCCCAGGCCAGCCAUGAGACCCCUGCCGCGAAUGAGCAGAGACCGGAAGUUGCGCCUUCUUCUGCUGCAGCAGCAGCACCAGCUGCUUCUGCAUCGACAUCGGACGCGGCUGCUGCGGGAGAGGGACAUCCGAAGGAGAGUGGUAAGUAUGAAAAACGUGGUUUUGAUGGAUGCAAAUGUGCACUUGUUUCAGACAACAAGCCCUCUCCUCGGACAGACGCUGCGCAGGCUAACGGCACGAAGCAGCUGGUACAACCAACACGCACACGACGCAUUGAAAGAUAAGGGGCGAAGCUGGAUGAUCGACAUUCGUUCUGUACAGGUCUCCCUCGUCAAGAAGAUUCCCUCAGAGGCCAGGCCGCUCACCGUAUCCCGUGGCUCCACUCCCGGGGCGACCAACCUGCCGGCAUCUGAGGGCUCGGACACCAACGCCGACCACCCCAACCGCAGAAUCACAGCCCCGCGCGUCGGCGCACUCGGCAAGCCUCCCCGCGUACCCCCGGAGUCCCGCAAGCCGACGGAUGACGCCGUGCAUUCAGUGCGUGCCUCGCGCAAGAUGGUGGAGUUCACAAACUCCGAUCCCGAGAUGCCCCCGUGGGACUCAUCGACGACCAUCAAGGAGAUGCCCCGUCCCUCACGAGACCGCGACGACCCAUCAGCCUGCGCCACAGCGGCCGCCACCGGGUCGACCUCUGUGACGCCCGGCAGCACCGGCAGCCAGCCGAUGCGGUACUGGAAGCUGCAGCGCAACCGCGCUCUCGGGCGGGGCGGAAGGCUGCAAGAGGGCGGGCGAGAGAAGCGUGACAAGACGGGUGCAACUGAGUCGGACCGGGCUGCCACUGACCCGGGGGGCAACUCUCGGAUGGUGGAUCGCAGGACCAGUGGGACGUCGGCCAUCUCUCGCGGUGCCGGGGAUGACAGGACUGAGGACGAGGUGGCGUCGCAGGAUGCGACGGGCAACCUCCUCACGUUUGACCCGUCGAGCAGCCUCCAGGACUGGGACUCGCAGCAGGCGGCGAGAGAGGUGUGGCCCCCAGCACCCGUGCAGUGUGCUUUCGAGUGUGCCCACGAGCUCAGAAGACGGCUGGAGGCGACCCACACUGACGGCGAGGGUGUUUCAUCGGUCGCAUCUGCCUUGCUGGGUGAUGACGAGUGUUUGAAGCUGACGGGGCUUGACAAAGGUCCUGGCGCCGCCAACACGACGCGCAUCACCAAGCUAGUGACGGACCUGCGGGCGCAGGUCCAGGGGGAGGGGGAUGGAGAGGCCAUACUCGACGCUGACAAGAUGGAAAACACACUCAAAGACCUCUGGAAGGUCAGGCAGGCCAGAAAAGAAAGAGACAGACCCUGCUGGUCUGGCUGGGUGUCUCAUGUUGUGUGUGGAUGUGUUCAGGUGCUUGAGCCAGGUCGCGAGGGCGAUGUGCAGCUGUUUCUGCAGCAGAGUGGCCUGACCAUCCUGUGCGCACUUGCGGUGCGGUUGCGGCCGAGUGUAGCUGCGUCGUCGGGCAUGUCGCCCAUGAUAGUUGUCCAUCUCAGCCAGUAAGCACUACGCACGCGGGACGCCUUGAGCACACGGAACUCUGAUGCUCUCUUCUCUGUCUGUCUGUCUGAUCAGGCAUUUGGCGAAGCUGCUCCACACGCUGAUGGCCAACAAGCAGAUCGGCAAGUUCUGCCGUGCUGUGUGUCUGCUGACCGGACGACUCUUCCCCUUCAUCGAUUGGGCCCUAGAGCUGCUUCCCGGACGGCCAUUGAGCACUCUCCCACCUGCUGACGGCCCUCGUGCGGCAGCCAAGACACCCGUGAGGCCACCGUCACCGAGGACACCCGGGACCGCUGCUGACGGACAGAACAGCAGUGCGGCCGUCGACCCCUCGGCGUCACAGCUGCCUUCACACGCCAGAGGCAGCAGUGACGGAGGGCCGACGGGCCAGCCAGCCGGCGACCCCUCGGCCGUCAGGACGGAAGACAAGCCAGAGCCGCCCGUCACGGCAAACGGUGUGUCAUCGUCAGUGCCGCCGAUAUUGCCGUCCCCGUCGCCCUUCCCGUCGCUUGCAGCGAUCGGCCCGGUGCUGUCGCAGUUGCUGCAGAUCCUGGCGAUUGUGCUGAAGCAGAAGGUGCCCGACUUCCUGCUGCGGCUGCCAGAUGACGAGGUGAAUCCCGUCGUCGAGCGGUUCGAGGGCCUCAGGCAGGCCUUCAUCGGCUAUAUAUUGUGCUGCGGGCUGCCGGUGCGACUGCGAGAGCACUUCGCCCUCGUCCGUGGCCCACUGGAGGCUCAGGCACAGUCACAGUCGCCCCUGCCGCAGUUCCUGAAGAGCAGCGGGCAGCUGCUCAAGAUACUCACCGGCAUGACAGACCUGUGCAGGUUAGUCGAGAGCCGAGCCUACCACACCUGUACGUGUACAUCUGCUGAGGACGUGUGUGUUGUGUUGAUCCAGGGACGAGAACUUGUUGAUGCACCAGUGCCUGCCCUCAGCUGAGGCUGUGACCAGCUCACCGUCGGACGUGCGGCAGGUCCCUGCCCGUCUGUCCACUCGUGAGAGCACGACCGACACCGUGACGGCCGUGAGGAGCCAGGCCAGCGGGGCUGAUGUCGAGCAGGCUGCUCCUGUUGCCGGCGAUGGGAAGGGCUGCAUGGUGGACGGCUUUGAGGGGUUGAUCCCGUCAGGUCUGCAUGAGGCGGUCUGUGGCAUCCUGCAGUACACAAGGGUUUUCGGGCUGCUGCCUCUACUGGUGAGGUGAAUCAACCAACUGUGGCAGAAGGGUCGCUUAUCACUGUGUGUGGGGGUGGGUGGUUUGGUCGAUCAGGCAUCUCUGUUGUUGUCUGAUGGUCCGCCGCGCAUGAGCCCGCCCCCUCGGCUGCAGGCGCAGCUGCUGCAGUUGUGCAUACUGUCCACCCAGACACUCAACCACUCUGCCAGGAUUGGCCUUCCCGCUGUACAGGUCAUAGCAACAUACACAUUUCAAGCAAGCAACCUGUCAGACUGUGUAUGUAUGUAUGUGUAAUGGUGAUGGUGGUUGUUGACAACGUCAGGGUGCUGUGCACGGCAGCCGGAAGGUGUUCUACCAUGUCACUCACUUCCUCCUCGAGUACUGCAACUCCAAACUGGAUAGUAAAGCAGAAUCGGCAGAGGUCUGCAGGUGAGCCUGCUCGUCAGAAAGGAAUGACUAGAGGCAGUCCCACCGCCACACAUGUGCAACCAACACACGACCCGACUCUCACUCCCUUGUCUGUCCAUCAAUGCAGGGAUUUGCUGCACGAGACGAUUCAUCUGAUUGGCUUCGCCUGUCUCCUGCACCCCGACAACCGGGCACUCGUCAGUAUCGGAGGCGAAAAGGUGAGGGAGAGGCGCGGAGGUCCAAAUCAAUCAAUCUGCCGCAGUGAUCUUUCCUGCCCCGUUGUGCGUGCAUGUGUGCGUCAGAGUCUGCUGAAGAUCCUGGCGGCCCUGCCUUUUCACUACUUCGUUGAGCCCCUCAACCAGGUGAGCGGGCAACACAGUAAGAGCACCUGAGUCGGCCACCUAAUUCGUUCGGUUGUCCAGGUAUUGUUCCCGACGUUGCUGUCGAUCUGCUACGCGUCGCCCUCCAACCUCGAGAUCCUCAAGGACGACGCCAACAUCAUUCCCAUAUGCAACUUCCUCAGAGACGCUAUCCGAAGGGGUCCACACACAGACGAGCAGUGUGGGGUUAACGGCAGCAACGGGGGCGGUGGUGACGAUGGGCAAGGAGGGCUGGGUAUGGUGUCCCUUGGCCCCUCGCUGCGGCUGUCGCGUGAGGCGGCCGCCGAUGCCCUGGCUUUCUUCGAAGAGCCAGACAGGCAGCACAUGACCCCGGCGGACGAGAGCGCUGCCUAGCUAGCAUCGACGGCUGGCUGCAGUGCAUGUGCUCGCCACUCGUCCGUCGGGUGAGUAGCGAACAGAUAGAGCCAUAGUGUACCGUAGGUGUCUAAUCAGGCUCAGCGCGGCCGGCCUCAUGUGAGCAUUCACGACCAAUUGUUCACGACCUUGCCUUUUCCUCUUCCUGCUUUUUCUUUGUUGUUAUUCUUGUUGUGUAAAUGACUUCGCUUGUCGAUGGAUAGACUCUUCCCCAGUGGAUGCCAGAUCUCGUCAAAUCGAU